UAUGUCCGUUUAUCUGCUCACCGAACCGGCAAAUUGCAAAAAAUCCCUUCUCAUUCAUUAUGAUAUGUACUGAAGUAAUAUUGAUUUCUUCUUCUUCUUUCUCGUUGAAGCUAAUUUAAAAGUACAGUAAUGGAAACAGUACGGAGCUUGGUUUCUUCUCCGCCGCAAUUCCCUCUCAGAACCCAUGUCAGAAAUUGCUCCUCCUCUUGUUCUUCAGUUUUGUUGCUUCAUGAGCAAGUAACUCCAGCUCUUACAUCCUUGUCGACCCCUUCUUUAGCUCGACAUACUACGACUUCAGUUCUUAUUCAAGAUCAGCGUAAUGAGAGCAGGCCAUUGUUGUCUUUAAAGGAUGACAACACAUUUCAGCAAACAUUCGAUAGGAGGCAGAUGGUAACGACACCUGCAUCUUCAUCAUCUAAUGAAGGAAAUGACAAAAUUGACCCCGAUCAAUACGAUAAUGACCUUCAGCUCCAGUUGCUACGCAGGCCAGAAUUAUGGUAUUUAUGGUCGUCUUUACAAAAAAAGGAACACCCCUUUCCUACGACGACACCAAAUUCCUUACCUAGUACAGCCGAAAACGUAACCGGUGCAGAAGCGAACCAUGUUCUCGCACUUGCAAGAGAAGCCUUUUCGGCUUGCAAAGAGGCAGCCUCAAUUGCUGAAGAUGCUCGGCUUUAUGACAACUCCUCUAGUACAAGAAGUUUGGUAGGUUCUCCCGUACAAAGAAUUGUGAGGUCAAAACGUCGUCUUGAGAGGCAAGCUAAGAGAAGGGCACCAAAGCCACAAUUAGAGGAUCAAGAAAUGAACCAUCGCAGAAAGCUAGAACCACAUAAAAAAUCUAGUGAAGGAUAUGACCCAAACGACCCUCUUCGACUCUUUUUAUGGGGACCAGAAACAACACAACUUUUAUCCGCAAAAGAAGAAGCAGACUUAAUAGCCAAGAUACAGGAAUUGAUGAAACUGCAAGAAGUGAGAAGUCGGCUCCAAACUCAGUUUUCACGCGAGCCUACAUUAGUUGAGUGGGCUGCAGCCGUUGGGAUUAGUACUCAAGCUUUGCAGUUCCAGGUUAACUGUGGGAAUUUCAGUCGAGAGAAGUUAAUUUAUGCCAAUUUCCGAUUGGUCGUUUACAUUGCUAAGCAGUACCAAGGGCGUGGUCUAAAUCUUCAGGAUCUUUUGCAGCUGGGGAGCAUGGGUCUAAUGAAGAGUGUCGAAAAAUUCAAGCCGCUAGUCGGCUGCAGAUUUGCUACGUACGCAUAUUGGUGGAUAAGGCAAUCAAUUAGGAAAUCCCUGUUUCAGCAUUCUAGAACAAUCCGUUUACCGGAGAAUGUUUAUACACUUCUCUCUAAAGUGUACGAAGCAAAGAAAACGUGCAUAAAACAAGGUAAUCAUCAACCAACGAAAGAGGAUAUAGCAGCAGCUGCUGGUUUAUCUGUCGAGAAACUCGAUAGAUUGCUAUAUACUUCUCGAGUUCCUCUUUCUAUGCAAAAACCCGUCUGGAUGGAUCAAGACACUACCUUUCAGGAGAUAACGGCAGAUACUGCAGUCGAAGCUCCAGAUGUUGGUGCAUCGAAGCAGAUUAUGAGGCAGCACACACGGAAUCUUUUGAGUGUUUUGAAUCCUAGAGAGAGAAAAAUUAUCCGAUUGAGAUUUGGGAUUGAAGAUGGGGAACAGAAAUCGCUGUCUGACAUCGGGGCUGGUUUUGGACUGUCCAAGGAGAGAAUAAGACAAAUCGAAAGCCGAGCGCUGUACAAGCUCAAACAGUGUCUUAGCAGCCACGGUCUAAGUGCUUAUGCGGAAAUGCUCGUUUAGUUCUUGAUUUGAUGCUGUAAUUAUAGCUUCUUUAUGCACUACUAAACUCCUUUUUGUUUAUAUAUAAUGCGGUUCGUUGUUGUUUUGGUGCAAGUGAAAAUGUUCGGGUUCGAACGUGUACAUAAAACUACCACCAUUUUU